GCCCACCGGAAGCGAGUUCAUACACACAUACAAGCUCAGCAAUGGAAAAUGUGGCGAGUCUCUGCUCCUCUAUAACUUUACAAGACUCACAACAAGAGUCGACCGACGGUGUGUCAACAGAAGAUGGCUUUGUGGACCCUUUCGUGGACUUAGCUGAGCUUCCGUGCGAGGCUGAAGAAAGAAGACCAACGUGUUUACGGUGCCGGCGCCCUGAGAAGGUGUGUCUGUGCCCUUAUCUCCCCCCGCAACCCCUGGAGGUGUCCACCAAGCUCUACAUAGUCCAGCACCCAGCUGAGGAGAGUCGGGUUCUUCGCACUGUUCCACUUCUGGCUGCUUGUUUGCCUCCAGGGAAGUGUGAAGUCAUCGUCGGGAGGCAGUUCAACGACACAAAGAAUCCCGAGCUGGCGUCUGUGUGCAGAGACAGUCGGACUCUGAUCCUCUACCCGGGUCCCAAGUCCAAGAACCUCGACGAGCUGGUACAGGUUGAAGAACUGGGCAAAGGCGCUUACAAUGUCAUCAUUUUGGAUGGGACGUGGAGACAGGCCAAGAAGCUGUUCUUCAAAAACAGCCUGUUCCAUAUCCCGAAGCAGGUGCAGCUGAAUAGAACCCUUUGCAGUCAGUACGUGAUCCGAACUCAGCCCUCUAACAUCUGCCUGUCCACGCUGGAGUGUGCCGCCGUCGCCCUGUCCAUCCUGGAGCGUGAUGAGAGCAUCCACGAGGUGAUGCUCCGCCCCCUUCAAGCGCUGUGCUCCUUCCAGCUGCAGCACGGAGCCCAGGUACAUCACAGCAAAGAACACUUGCUGAAGAACGGCCUGUACGACAAACCCAUGCCCAAGAACAAACGCAAACUCAACAUGAUGGAGAAACUGCUGACAGACCGGCACAUCUGCCCCAGAUGAGAGCUGGGCCAGACCGAAGCCGAGUGAAAACGAGUCGCUGAUCGUCGCUCAGCUUUUGGGAGCAGGUUCUGACGUGACGUGGAGCGCUGAGCCUCGGUGGUCGCAUCCAGUCUCCCUCAGAGCAGUUCAUCCCAGGAGGAGUCUGUUGCUUUGUGUUAUUUAUAUGAAGAGUAUUUUCGUGGCAGUCGGCACAAAUAAGUGUUUGUUGCCGAGGGUUUGAAACCUUUAUGAACCCUUGCUUGUGAAUGAAGGGAAUCUGGUGCUGCGCAUGGCGGUUGUCAUGGCAACAACAGGGCGCACCGAUGGCAACUAUCAAACUUCUGAAGUUGCUUUCUCUAAGAUCUGUUUGAUCAAUUUAUUUUGUAGCAAUAAAUCUGUUUUUCACAGA